AUGGGCUACAUCUCCAACAAAAAUCUCAUCAACUUUUUGCCCCUUCCUACUACUCAACCUCAUCUUCUUCUAACACAAUGCGAUAUUACUGGCAACGAUCAUCAUCAGAUCAUCACCGGAUCAUCAUCGGGAGAAAUUGGUGAUGAUCGGAAAAAUAACUUGCCGACGGCGGCGACGUCGAGAUGGAAUCCGACGCCGGAGCAGAUCACGACGUUGGAAGAGGUUUACAGAAGCGGAACACGGACGCCGACUACGGAACAGAUCCAAAAGAUAGCAUCUAAGCUCCGUAAAUAUGGCAGAAUCGAGGGCAAAAACGUUUUCUACUGGUUUCAGAAUCACAAGGCUAGAGAAAGACUGAAAAGACGCCGUUGUGAAGGAGAUGAUGAUAUUAACAACGUUAGAGAACCUCAUCAUCACGUCAAGGAUUCAUCAUCAGGUGGUUCUCGAGUUGAUCAUACAAAGAGCUGCCCAUCUUUUCCACACACAAACCCACAACCACAGGAUGAAUUAGCACCGGCGAAUUGCAAUAAAGCCAACAAUGAAGAGCAUGGGACGACAAGAGACUCUGAAAGGGCAUCGGAGGAUGGUAAAGACACCAUGUGGAGAAAUCUUGUUACUUCGUCGGUAACUCAAAAACCACGAGAGAUUAAUAUCGACGAAAAUGUCAACGGAGAAGUAGAAGAAGAAACGAGGGAGAUCACAACUUUAAAUCUCUUCCCGGUUAUGGAGAACCAAGAGAUAACCGAUCGGUUUACAGAGAAGAAAGAAAGAAAAGCAAACCAAGUGUAUUGCAACUUUUGUUGCUACUAUGAGUUCAUGCCUCAUAGGUAA